AUGAUGUUCACCAGGCGCGUUGCCGUGUUCGUAUCUCUCCUUAUUGGAACUUUGGUCCAGGCUGCAGUUAUUCCUGUGCCCAUGCCUGUCGCAAACACUGCUUCUGAACUGAAACUCCGCGAUGUCAAGAUGAUUUCAGUAUACGAGAAACGUCAAGACGACGUCGUUGCGAUCGGUGAUAGUACUCCUAUGAAGGCACCCGCAGGUGUCUUGGAAGUCUACCGCAGACAGGGGGACAUUGUUUCUGUUGGAGAUAGCGAACCCAUGAAAGCCCCUGAUGGUGUAUUGGCAGUUUACCCUCGUCAAGUAGGAGAUAUCGUUACAGUUAGCGAUAGCCAACCCAUGAAGGCACCCAGUGGUCAAUUGCAAAACUACCCGCGUCAGGAUCCAGCUAUUGUUGAGGUCGGCGAUAGUGCCCCCGUGCAAGCUCCUGAUGGUGUACUUCAACCUUAUCGCCGCAAGGUUGCUCUCAAGGAGCUUCCUCGCAUGAGGCGCACACGCAGCUCCAAGCGUCACGCAUGA